GACACACUUUGAGUUGGAUCCCGGGUAAGGAGUGCGUUCCGCUGAUCAUCUCCAACCCUCCUUUCCAAGCAGGCGGAUUGCUUCUGCCUCUGACGACAGCCAGUCACACAUACACACACCGACGCACACACACACACGUAGCGCUGCUCAGGGCGGAGUGGCUGAGGAGAGACCGCAUCAAGGAGCCGCGUACCCGCCUGCUUACAGAGGAGUCGCGCGUGGGAGUCGUUAACCGUCUCUACUUGCCAUCUCCAUUUCUGCCUUUUUAUUCCCGGCACCCUAUCGGACGAGUUUGGUGCUCUCAAGGAGGGAGUCCCAUCACCACCGAGACAGAGGACCGAGGCUUGUGGUUUUUUUCUCUGUCUCUCUCUCCCUUUCUUUUUCUUUUUUUUUCUUUUUGUGUGUGUGUUUUUUGGAGGAAAAAGAUUAUUUUCGUCUGAAACAUACAUUAGAGCUGCGGUCGCUGUGGAGAAUUUCACUGGAAAUCAGGCGGUGUGCGUUUCCCCUCGGUUUGUUUCGUGAAAGCCGUCUUUUAAAGGCGGGAGGGAAUGGACUUGAGAUAGUGCGUCUCAAUUUGAGUGCUGGUGGCUGGGAGUUGCCGUCUCGGAGAGAUGCGAAAGCAUGCUUGGAAGCUGUGAGCGCUACCGCAGGUAACCGAUAAGAUGGUGGCCAGGGAAGCGACUGGGCGCAGCUACCUGGUGGCUUGCUGGCAGCCCAUUCUGAUCCUGAUGCUGGGCACCGUGCUUUCUGGCUCCACCACUGGGUGUCCGUCCCGCUGUGAGUGUAACGUUCCAGAGCGCUCAGUGAUGUGCCAUCGUAAGAAGCUCAUGACCGUUCCCGAAGGCAUUCCGGCAGAAACGAGACUGCUGGACCUCAGCAAGAACCGCAUCAGAACGAUUAACCCAGAUGAGUUUGUCAACUUUCCAAACCUGGAACACCUGGAGCUCAGCGAAAACACUAUCUCCACAAUUGAACCCGGAGCAUUCAAUAACCUGUAUGGCUUGCGGACACUGGGAUUGCGCAGCAACAAGCUCAAGUUGAUCCAGUUGGGUGUAUUUACGGGCCURAGCAAUCUCACCGAGCUGGACAUAAGUGAGAACAAGAUUGUCAUCCUGUUAGACUAUAUGUUCCAGGAUUUGUACAACCUUCGCUCUCUAGAGGUGGGUGAUAACGACCUGGUUUUCAUCGCUCACCGUGCUUUUCACGGCCUUAACAGCCUCGAGCACCUGAGUCUUGAGAAGUGCAACUUGUCUUCUGUGCCAACAGAGGCUUUUACCCACCUCCACAGUUUGAUCACUCUCAGGCUGCGUCACCUCAACAUCAAUUCCAUACGGGAUUACUCUUUUAAACGGCUGUAUCGGCUGAAAGUGCUGGAAAUAGCCAAUUGGCCAUACCUGGAUACCAUGACCACAAAUUGUUUGUAUGGAUUAAAUCUCACCUCUCUGACCAUUGCCAACACCAACCUGACCACGAUCCCUUAUGUAGCCUUGCAGCACUUGGUUUAUUUGCGAUUUCUUAAUCUUUCAUAUAACCCCAUCCAUACCAUAGAGGGAAAUAAGCUGCAUGACCUGCUGCGUCUACAGGAGUUUCACCUGGUUGGAGGGAGACUAGCAAUGAUUGAGCCCUACUCUUUCCGAGGACUAAACUACCUGAAAAUACUAAAUGUGUCUGGAAACUCUCUUACCACGUUGGAGGAGUCAGCUUUCCAUUCGGUUGGAAAUCUAGAAACCCUGGCCUUGUACGACAAUCCCCUGGCCUGCGAUUGCCGACUCUUGUGGGUUUUCCGAAGGCGAUGGAGACUGAACUUCAACAAGCAGCAGCCCACUUGCGCCUCUCCCGAGUUCGUCCAAGGCAAAGAGUUCAAGGACUUCCCGGAUGUUCUGCAGCCAAAUUACUUCACGUGUCGCAAGUCCAGGAUUAGGGAUCGUAAAGCCCAGCAGAAAUUUGUUGACGAAGGAGCCAUUGUUCAUUUUGCCUGCCAAGCAGACGGAGAUCCMGCUCCAGUGAUUAUGUGGCUUUCUCCUCAGAAAAAGUUUAUCACCUCCAAGACAAUUGGAAGGCUCUCUGUGUUGCCAGAUGGCACCCUCGAGGUGCGCUAUGCCCAGAUUCAAGAUAACGGUACCUACGUGUGCAUAGCCAGCAACGCCGGGGGAAAUGACACCUCUCUUGCUCACCUACACAUUCAUAGUUAUUCACCGGACUGGCCCCACCAACCUAACAACAGUCUUGCUUUCAUAUCCAACCAACCCACUGAGACUCGUGCUAACGGUACAAAGCCCAAUGUCCCUUUCCCGUUUGAUAUAAAGACACUAAUCAUUGCAACCACAAUGGGUUUCAUCUCUUUUCUUGGUGUCGUCCUGUUUUGUCUGGUACUGCUGUUCCUCUGGAGCAGAGGUAAAGGCAACACAAAGCACAACAUCGAGAUCGAGUAUGUGCCACGCAAAUCGGACGCUGGGAUGAGCAGCACCACAGUGGAUGCUCCUCGCAAGUUCAAUAUGAAAAUGAUUUAAAGUUUCUCGAUUUUGGACUUCAGCACCAGAUAAAUUAGAGAAGAAGACUCCUUUGCAAACCUGUCGAUCAUGGUCUUUUAACAUAGAUUACUGCUUUUUUUUUUCUCUAACUGGUGGACUUGAUAAGAGACCAGUUCCUGACUUAGACAAAAAAAUCAAGAAAAAAACAAGAGGGAAUGUAACUACAGCCAGGGAUGGGGUGGUUCCUACAAAGCCUGUGGGGGCAUUAUUUGAAAUUCAGAUUUGUCAUACAGACCUCAUAGUCCUCCGGAUAUUGAUUGGGGAAAAAA